UACUGGCGCAUUCUGGAAUGACAAGCUGUUUCAUGGAAUGUGACCAGAAUGUAAACAGUGUGUUAGCUGACUGCUGUAAACAUCAUUGGGAGCUAACUUUGGUGCUGUCGCCGGUGAAUCGCACAGUUAUGGCUUAACGUUAGAUUUUUUGAGUGGAUAUGGCGGUGUUAUACUAAUUCCUUAUUCGCCGUUUCUCUUCCUCUCGUUUUAUUGCAUAUAUGAUUCUUAUGCUGUGACCAUGACCAAAGAUAUUGUUGUUGGAGAUGAAUUACCAGACUGGGUGGGGGCCAAGGAGUUUUACCAGAAAUAUGACCCCAAAGAGGUGAUUGGCAGGGGUGUGAGCAGUGUGGUGCGCAGGUGUGUGCACAGACACACGGGUCAGGAGCUGGCAGUGAAGAUUAUUGAGAUCACAGCGGAGAAGAUGACAGCCCAGCAGCUGGAGGAGGUGAAAACCUCCACGCUGAAGGAGAUCCAAGUCCUCAACAUGGUGAAGGGACACUCCUCCAUCAUUACUCUUAUUGAUUCCUAUGAAUCCACAACCUUCAUAUUUUUGGUGUUUGACCUCAUGAGGCGAGGAGAGCUGUUUGACUACCUCACAGAAAAAGUUACUCUGAGUGAGAAGGAAACCAGGAGUAUGAUGCGAGCUCUGCUUGAAGCUGUGCAGUACCUCCACUCUCUCAACAUUGUCCACCGGGAUCUGAAACCUGAGAACAUUCUCCUGGACGACACAGGACACAUCAAACUGUCCGACUUUGGUUUCUCGGUGCAGCUACAGCCUGGAGAAAAACUUAGAGAGCUUUGUGGGACACCUGGUUAUUUGGCCCCUGAAAUACUGAAGUGUUCCAUGGAUGAAAUGCACCCAGGCUAUGGCCAGGAGGUCGAUCUCUGGGCGUGUGGAGUGAUCCUUUUCACCUUACUGGCCGGCUCACCCCCGUUCUGGCAUCGCAAGCAGAUGUUGAUGCUGAGGAUGAUCAUGGAGGGUCGCUAUCAGUUCAGCUCCCCAGAGUGGGACGACAGAUCAGACACUGUGAAAGAUCUGAUAUCCAGACUUCUGGUGGUGGACCCAGCUGUCCGUCUCACUACUGAGCAAGCUUUAACACAUCCCUUCUUCAGACAGUACCAGAAGGAGGAUGUGCGUCUCUUCAGUCCCAGAAAGACAUUUAGGGUGCUCAUAGUCUGCGUGCUGGCCUGUAUCAGGAUGUACAGCCGGUACCGCAAAGCCCGACCACUGACUCGGGAGGUGCUGGCCAGAGACCCUUACUCCCUCCGCGGCGUCCGCAAACUCAUUGAUGGCUGUGCCUUCCGCAUCUAUGGCCACUGGGUGAAGAAAGGGGAGCAGCAGAACCGAGCCGCCCUCUUUCAGAACACGGCCAAGAUCAUGCUGCUGGGCCUGGAGGACUUUGAAACAUAAAAGUCAAACCUCAUUCCUUACCACUUUGGAUUUUUAUGUAACCAUUUGCAUGUGCUGUAAUAUCCGUUUUUGUCUUGUCGAGUCACUGUUGUUAAUUUUAAAGAUGAGGUAUUCAGGGACCGGGACAUUUGUAUGCCUUAAUGCGCACCAUGGCUCUGUUCAAGAUAAGCAUGCACAACUUAAUACUCCUUAUCUGCCUUUUGAUCUGAGUUUUGUGGCUGUCUGAAACUCUUCCCAUGUUCAUGUUUGCAGUGCCAGUUUGUGGUAGAGGACACAUUGCACAAUCGUUGGAUAAAACCCAUCACAUAUACUGUCGGUACUUUAUGUAUAUUUAGGAAUUUACCUGUUGAUUGACAGUUACAACAGAGGAGAGGAUGCAUUUUAUACACACUGUGUGGCUGAAGUGGACAUUAAAGCACUGUGAUCAAUUAUUUAAUAAAUAAUUAUAUAUACAUAUUAUAUUGAAACUCAGAUUGAAAGAUAUUCCAGUGUUACAAAGAACUAACUACCACUGUGUGAAAUAUUUAAGUUGUGUUUUUGGUAGAAAAUAAUUUACCUAUCCUGCAUGCAGACAUUCCUCAACAGGGAACCCACUUACACUAACUGUGAAGACCAUUUGUGACUGCAUUUCCUACCAUUCCCUACUCAGUUCAUAGUCAGUUUAAUAUGUGGCACUUUUCCUGAGAGCGCCUGCCUGAAAAAUGUACACUCAUUGUACAAAUGCAGAAAUACAUUGUACUGUAUAUGAAGAAAAAAAAAAGGUUUUAUUGUCAAUAAAACAGUCGUUUGAAUGAU